AUGAUGAAAUCAAGCUCAGUCAGAGGUCCAUUCAAUGAAACAAAAGGCUUAUAAGGAGGGUCUUAGUCAAGCCCAGUUACUGCUGACCCCUAUGCAAAAGUAUCUCACAGAUAAAAAGGAAAGUAAGCUAAUGGAUCUGUAAUUAAAGGUACUACUUCAGCAGCCUUUAUCAAGAAAUCUGUUGGAUCAGUUCCAUCUAAAUACGAAACAAUUGUUUACCUACAAGCGGAAUCAAAGAAGAAAGGUUUUGGCAGUAAUUCUGAAAGAUUUUUAGAGAGUAUUAAUAAAUAAACAACCGAAGCUGAGCCAGGUCCAGGCAGCUAUCUCACUGAUGAAACUGUGACAAGCGUUCUUAAAAAAUCAGACUCUUUUUCAAGAAAAGGAUUUGGCAAUGGAUUUCUCAGCAAGCUUGAUAGAUUUAAGAACAACAGUAUGUUCUAUAGUCAAUUCUAGCCAGGACCAGGCUCCUACUCUACUUCAACACAUCAAGAAUCCUUAAUGGGAUCUACAAUGUCUAGUAAAUUCACCGAUAAGUAUAAGCAGUAGAAUCUUUCAUCAGUUUUUAUGCCUCAUCCAAAUAAAAGUUUAAGGAAAUCAUCGAAUACUCCAGGUCCUGGUCAUUAUCAAAUCGAAAAGAAUCCCUCAUCUUAUCAACUUGACCCGAUAAAGCCAGCAGGAGAAUCAGCUUUUAAAUCAACUUCUUAGAAGUCAUAAUUUUUAGCGGAAUGGAAUAGAGAGUUGAGUAAACAUCCAGCAGUAGGAGAAUAUGAUUUUGAAAGAGAUAAUUUACUCAAGAAAUCAAUAAGCACUCAUAAUAUCCAUAGAAUAACAUCAAGUUUUAAGCAACCAUACAAUUGUAAGAGAGUGAAAGUUAAUGUUUAUGAUCCUUUCUAAAAUGUUGAGGCAUUAGAAUAAAAAGUGCCUGGCCCAGGUUCAUACAAUGUUGAAAAAGAAACAAUUGCCUACCGAAAUAUAGAAAAAUUAACUAGUGGCAUGUUUUCUAGUAUGUUCUAAAAGCCUUUGACAGUUACUCAAGAAGAAUAAUCUCCAGAUAUGAGAAUGAAAGAGGCAGCCAAAUUGCCUGGCCCAGGUUAGUAUGAUGUGAAAUAAUAUGGCCUGAUAGCUGAUAAGAUUGCUGUAGGAAGCAGCAUGUUCAAAUCAGAUUCCUUAAGAGAACUAAUGCAGCUGCCUCGAGGACCUGGACCUGCUUUUUAUAAGUAACUUCAACUUGAAAAUAGAAAAAUAUUCAAUUCUAAUCCUGCCAAGAAAUGGCUGUGA